AUUCGUUACAUCUAAGUAACGCUAACGAGUAGUAAUAAUUGCAUUUCUUAUGACGACUGAAUUAAUAUUUUAAAAAUGAUCUUCAUAAUAAUUAACGAUAAUUCAUUUUCAAUACUCUUUCCAACGCCUUAGUUGUAGAUUCAGUCUGCAAUGAUAUUCGAGUUUAAAUAAGUUUACUGAAUCAAGUUAAACGUAAGCGUUUUAGUCGUGUAAAAAUUUAAUCGGAAAUAAUAAAUAACUUUUAAUUACUUUUAAUUAAUAAAUUUCGUAUAAAAUGAGAAGGAAAAAGAUACAAAAAGAUAAUAACAAGCUCGAAAUGAAUUUUUUAACCGAUCACGAUAAUCUAAUUAAAUUUUUACAGUGGUUAAACGUAACCACCGCGACGUGGCCAUUGGAAUCUGAUGCUAAUAUUUUAAAAAAAAUUUUCUACGGUGUUUUAUGGUGCAGUUAUGCUCUUAAUGGUAUAACAUCGAUAUUAGCGUUAUUGAUGGGUAUUUAUCAUUAUCGUCAAGAUAUCGUAAAUAUGAUGAAAUCAAUAGUAGAAUUCGUAUAUAUAUGUGAAUCACUUUUCAAUUUAUGUUACUGCACAUUGCAAAAGUCAAAUUUCAAGAUACUUAUAGACGAUAUGAAGCAAUUUUCGUUCAAAGCAACCUCUCAAGAAUUGACUCUAAGACGAAAUAAUCUAAAGAAUACAAGCAUUUUCUUAGUAUUUAUGUUCACUGUCUUUGUUAGUGGUGGUUCAAUUUUUGUCUUUGCUCCAUCAGUAUUACACAACAGAGAUAUACCACUUAAUACAAUAUAUCCAUUUCUAAUGGAAAAGAGUUGGGCAAUAUAUCUUAUAUAUGUAUUAAAUACUUAUACUGUUAUGCAGGCAUUUUGUGCUAUUAGUGUUGACAUAAUGGUAAUUGCAAUGUUAAGCUAUGCCUCUUUUAAAUUUAUUAUACUUGGGAUAAAAUUGCAAAAUAUUACUAGCAAUGAUGAACUUAAAAAUUUUGUGAUGGAACAUCAAGAUACCAUCAGAUAUGUCACGAUAAUAGAGCAUACUGUUACACCCAUUGUUGUUAAAUCCAUAAUUGCAGCUUGCACAUAUUUGAUUACAUGUAGUUUACUGUUGUUAAACAAUAUACCCUUCCUACAUAUAACACAGUUUGCUGCAGUAACAAUAUUAUCUUUUACCCGACUUCUUGUAUGUAGUUGUGUGGCUCAGGCAGUAACUGAUAUUGCUUCUAAUUUAACUUCAUUAAUUACCGUAUCCUCAUGGCUAGAAUCUUCGACAAUGCGCAAAAAUAUACUUUUUAUCAUACAAAGAUGUCAAAAGCCUAUCACAAUCUCAGUAAGCGGCAUUGUACCUGCCUUGUCUCUUAAAUUUUGUGGAUUGGUAAUAUAUAAAACAUUUUCUUAUAUUAUGACAUUAAGAGCAAUAUUAAAAGUAUAAAAUAUAAUAAAAUAUACCUUAGAAGAUGAACAAAAGUGUAUUAUGCUUUCAAAAAAAUUAUUCCGCCGUAAAAAUAGUUAACAUUAUAAAUAUAUGACUAUCAUAUUACU